UGCGGAUAGCAAGAGAAAGUGUUGCUUGUUGGAUUUGAUGCAUGCCAUGUCCUAGAAAACAUUCUUCAUUUUCAAGCUUAAAGCACAGGAAAAAUGAGUGUUUCAAAUGCUUAUAAAUUCUCUUCUUAGUGGAAAAGACUGCAAGUCACACUGAACAGCAGAUUGUUGUCUCAAGCCAGUGCUGAUCAAUGACAGUUUAUCUGCAGUAUGACAGAGAAGAGAGGAAAGAUGAGUCUCUCACAGAAACAGAGUGUAAGAUCAGGAUCACAUGUGUCUGUGAAGAGUGACCAGUCAAAGGGUGGUGAAGGACCGAACUUCAGUGAGAAAAAAACAUCUAUCAAAAGUGUAAGAUCAGGCUCACAUGUGUCCAGCUCUGUGUCUGUGAAGAGUGACCAGUCAAAGGAUAAAGGACCAGUCUUCAGUGAAGAAACAGCAUCACGAACCAAACGGCUUCAGUAUGAAACAUCAGAUCCAGAUUUACAGUCUCACAGGAACCACAAGAAGUUUACAGACAGUCUCCUGCAGAUCUUCCAGGAUCUUGAGAGCAAAAUAAUAUCAUUUCUAAAGAAAGAACUGGAAAAGUUUAAGAAAAUAUUACAAAAAGAAAACUUGCAAUACUUUGUGAAGGAGUUUAAUGAGAACAGAUGCAGUAUGAAAGAAGCAGCUCUUGAUCUCACGCUCUACUUCCUGAGAGAGAUGAAGCAAGAUGAAGCUGCUGAUACUCUAGAAGAUGAACUGUUCUUCAUUCAUCAGCUAAAGUGUAGCCUAAAGAAGAAGUAUCAGUGUGUGCUUGAAGGAAUUGCAAAGCAAGGUGACUCUACACUUCUGAAGAACAUCUACACAGAUCUCUAUAUCACUCAGGGCUGUAGUGAACAGGUCAAUACUGAACAUGAGGUGAGACAGAUUGAAGCUGCUUCCAGACGUCAUGAAUCACAGGAGAUACAGGUUGAGUGCAAAAAUGGGUUUGAAGCACCUGAAGAAGACAAGCAGAUCAGAACUGUACUGACAAAAGGAGUUGCUGGAAUCGGAAAAUCAGUCUCUGUGCAGAAGUUUGUUCUGGAUUGGGCCGAAGGAAAAGAAAAUCAAGAUAUCAGCUUCAUAUUUCCUCUUCCAUUUAGAGAGAUGAACUUAAAGGAGCAAGAAAAACUAAGUUUGACGGACCUUAUAACUCAGUUUUUCCCAGAGACAAAAGGACUAAACCUUACAAGAAGAAAUCAAUUCAAAGUCUUGUUCAUUCUUGAUGGAUUGGAUGAAUGUCGACUUCCUGUAAACUUUAAGGAUAAUGAGACGUGGUCUGAUGUAUCAUCAUCAGCCUCUCUGGAUGUUCUCCUGACGAACCUCAUCAAGGGAAAUCUGCUUCCUUCUGCUCUCAUCUGGAUCACCAGCAGACCAGCAGCUGCCAGUAAGAUUCCUCCUGACUGUAUCGACCGGCUGACAGAGAUACGAGGAUUCAAUGAUGCACAAAAGGAGGAGUACUUCAGAAAAAGAUUCACGGAUGAGAAUCAGGCCAAAGAAAUCAUUGAUCAUGUUAAACGAUCAAAGAGUCUCUUUAUCAUGUGCCACAUCCCAGUCUUCUGCUGGAUUUCAGCCACUGUUCUCCAGAACAUUUUAGAGGAGAAAAAAUCAAAUACUGAAGACACUCCUAAGACUCUGACACAAAUGUACACACACUUUCUCAGAUUUCAGAUCCAGCAGAGCAGACGAAAGUAUGAUGGAGAACAUACACCAGAUGUUUCCUGGGAUAAAGAUGCCAUCUUUUCACUGGGGAAACUGGCAUUUGAUCAGCUGGAAAGAAACAAUGUGAUCUUCUAUGACACAGAUCUGGAAGCCUGUGGUAUUGACGUCUAUAAGGCAUCAGUGUACUCAGGCAUGUGUACCCAGAUCUUUAAGGAGGAAACAGGGAUCGUUCUUGGUACCAUGUAUUGCUUCAUUCACUUGAGCAUUCAAGAGUUUAUUGCAGCUCUUUAUGCACAUCUGUUUCUAGACAUCAACAAGAAGUGUGUGUUUGAUCAAGACUCUACAGAACAGGAAAAACAAAAGUGAAACAUGAUUGAUUUGCUCAAGACUACAGUGGACAAGGCACUAGAGAGUGAUAAUGGACACCUGGAUCUUUUUCUUCGAUUCCUUCUUGGUUUGUCACUCCAGUCCAAUCAGAGACUCUUACAGGGUCUGUUGACACAGAAAAACAGAAAUGAUCAGAGCAAAAAGGAAAUAGUUCAGUACAUCAAGCAGAAAUUAGAAGCUAAUCUGUCUCCAGAGAGAUCCAUCAAUCUGUUGUACUGUCUCAAUGAACUGAACGACCAAACUCUGGUGAAAGACAUUCAGACCCACCUUAGCAAAGGAAGUCUCUCAUCUGCUGAUCUUUCACCUGCCCAGUGGUCUGCUUUGGUCUUUGUGUUGUUGACAUCAGAGGAAGAGCUGAAGGAGUUUGAGCUUCAGAAAUUCAAGAAAUCAGACGAGUGUCUCAUUAGAUUAUCAGCAGUCAUCAAAACCUCUAAAAGAGCUCUGUUAAAUGAUUGUGGCUUAACAGACAAAAGCUGUCCAGCUCUGGCUACAGUUCUUGGAUCAGAUACCAGUCUGAAAGAGCUGAACAUGAACAAUAAUAAUCUGCAGGAUUCAGGAGUGAAGAUCCUCUGCACUGGAUUGAAAAAAAUGAAUUGCAAAUUAGAGAUACUGAGACUUUCAGACUGCAGUAUCAGUGAAGAAGGUUAUAAAGCUCUGUCUUCAGCUCUGAGAUCAAACCCUUCACACCUGAUAGAGCUGGAUAUCACAGGAAAUGAUCCUGGACCAUCAGGAGUGAAGCAGCUCAGUGAUUUACUACAGGAUCCA